AACCUAAGUGCCAUGGAGCCAUGUUUCUGGGUGGAAAACUCGAAAUUUGUAAAGGUAAUUAUUAAAACUGACGGAACAGUAUAAAUGUUUGCACAAGUUGCAUAGUGCUACUUUAAUCACCCGUCAGUGGCCGGCAAGAUUUUUCACAUCAUUGUUCACAGCCUGCUUAUUUCCUGCCCGCAUGACCUUUCUCGUUUAUAUUUGUUAACUCUCCUUUUCGCUUUUCGAAGGCAAUUUUCUCAACGCGUCACCAGCAUUGUGGCGAAUCUGUUUGUAGAUUUAAUCUAUCUGCGCGUCAUGUAUGGGAUGGACUUUGGAGUAAUCAAUGAUUUAAAAGGGAAUUCUGACGUCUCACGAAAUAAGAAAGUUACGGGACAAGGAAGUAAUGACCUAAUAAGGUAGUAGCGGGAAAAGGAAGAGAUUGCGAAAUAACGAAGUUGCCUCCCAUUUGCGGGACAGACAGGCAGAUGGAUAGACAUACAGCUUUCUACAAGGCAUGUUUAAGCGUGGCACCGCAUCACUAUCAUUUAACUGGUGGCUGACGUCAUAGAGAACGGUCAGUAAUGACGUCAUCGGGGCUCUUUUGGGACAAACAGACACAUGGACAGACAGACACUUUUUCGUUUUCGCUGAAUUAGAGGACCUUCGCUGCGCUCCGGUCGACUAUACUUUGUACUGUAAUUGCGCUUUUCGCUCGACCUGUAGUUGUGAACUGGCACACGAGCGCAGAGCGCUUACGUUAAGAACAUACGCAAUUGGGAUAAUUAGAAGGAUAAUGCUAAUUCGUCAUUCAGUGCAAACACCAACUUGCAGUCUUUCCUGCCGAGAAGGUUGAACAGAAAUGCAGCUAACAGCUAUUUUGAUUCCAAAUUUAGAGCAGAAUUCGCUUACUAAAAACGCCAGCCGGGCGACGUGAGAUCACAUAUAUAUUCUCGUUAUGGACGCGAUAAAUUGGCACAGUAAUAAAAUGGCUACUUUUUUUAAAAACGCAGGAGAAAUGGUUACUUGUAAAAAAUUCUCUAAUAAAAUAAGGCGGAAGUACUUACUGAAAAAAACUUUCUCGAUAGUUGAUAGUGAGCAAACGUGAUGCACAUACUAUUUGUCGUUAUACUGGUAUACAUAGUACCGUUCGUCAACCAAAUGUAUGCUGCUGCGUAAUUGUACGCAGUCGUACUUGGACCGCCGGUUGUUAAAUGGUCCCCUUGACUUUAAAUGUUCUGUUUGCGCAAUAUGUGGUAAUUUUAGUAAAAUGCUGGAUGAUGUGCUUUCUGUGCGGUUUGUGCCGAAAGAGCAGUACGCAGCGUACACAUCGCUAUAUUCACUGCAGUUUAAAUGUUUAAAAUACACAUACUUUCCGGCAACGAUGUAGCGGCAGUUUGUCUUACUUGGCAUGGAGCAGACGCUUCAUGAACAUACAGAUGCUGCUUAGCGAUCGUGUUCAGCCUGACCGUGAUCCUGGCUGAGAAUCAUGUUGGUAUAUUUGUUUAGUUGCGGUGAAGUGCAUAUUCGUUUUUUUCUUGGCGAAUGCGCGAGAUUCUGCAGAUCUGAUGUUAUUCAGUGUGACUUGCAUUUUGUAUAAUUCGCGAUAACACGAUGGACGACGCCAGUGAUGACAUACCGGAAAUACGGACGGAGCUGGUUGACCCUGGCGAAACGGAUGAUAACUGUGAUACGGGCGACGAUUGUAGUACAUCGCUGAGUCUGAUCAGUCCAUGCCCGAGUCCAUGCGGGCGGAACCACAUCCACCGGCAGCAUCGCCCGCAUGUCUACGAUAUCUCGGACGACGAGCUUGACACAGACGACGAUGAGCCACCUUUUGAGCCGCGUGAUGUGCACAUCAUUAAGGACAAGCCCAUUAGCGCCAAUUAUGAUCUCAUGGAAGCGCUCGGAAAAGGAAAGUUUGGAGUGGUGUAUAAAUGUGCCGAGAAAUCCAGCGGACGACAGUUUGCCGCGAAAUUCAUAGAAGUCAAACGGCCUAUUGAACGAAAGGAAGUGGAAGGCGAAAUAAACAUCAUGAAAGAAUUGCAACAUCCACGAUUGCUGCAGCUGUACGAUGCCUAUGAUGAUGGGUAUAAAAUGGCCAUCGUCAUGGAACUAGCCACCGGCGGCGAGCUUUUUAACCGUGUUAUUGACGAUGAAUUCGUCCUGACGGAAAAGAUCUGCACCAUUUUCAUGCGACAGAUCUGUGAAGGCGUGGAAUUUAUGCACAGCAAAAAUAUCAUUCAUUUGGAUAUGAAGCCCGAAAACAUUCUUUGUGUGUCGCCCAAUUCCAACCGUAUUAAGCUAAUCGACUUCGGAUUAGCACGGAAAUUCUCCCCGAAAGACUGCACACAGGUCUUGUUCGGUACACCGGAAUUUGUCGCUCCGGAAGUGAUCAAUUACGAUCGUAUUACACUGUCGACAGACAUGUGGAGUGUUGGUGUGAUAUGUUACAUACUACUGUCUGGUCUUUCUCCGUUUAUGGGUGAUAACGAUAUGGAAACACUAAACAACGUAACUAAUGCCGCUUGGGAUUUCGAUGAUGAAUGUUUUGAUGCGAUCUCGGAGGACGCGAAAGAUUUUAUAACGCGGCUGCUUGUCAAGCGACCGGAAAAACGAAUGACGGCCACUCAGUGUCUGGAACACAGAUGGCUGCAGAUGCACGCUCCACCUGAAGCAGAUGUGGCGGUCAAGGAAGCGUUUAUGGAACGUCGAAAGUCACUGGGAGAAAACGAAAUCUCCAAGAUAAAACUGCGCCAUUUUGUUAUACGUCGAAGAUGGCAGAAAAUCGUCAACACCAUUCGCGCCCUGCGCCGGAUGGGCGUGCAGCGCUGCGCCUCCGCUGACACUGUGGAUGAUCCGCUGGUGGCGCCCAGCCCCACGUACGAACAGAAUAAAACGUCCUUCCAGUUAGCCGACAGUUCGUUGGGCGGGGAAAUCUCCGAUGGGUCGGUGUUCGACGAUGCGCAGUCGGAGAAGUCCCUUUCCCUGGAGCUGGUUCUGGACAAUGUGGAAAUGAGCGAUGCGCUGUCGGAAGUGUCGGAAGAUCCGCUGGAUUCCGACGCAUGCGGCCAUUUGGAAAAGGUCAUGGAUGGUGUGGACAGUGGAAAGAGGAGCGCGGAUGGUGACUAUCUGGAUAACCCCCCGAAUGGAAACCGUCUGGAAAAGGUCAUGGAGGUCGACAGCGGGACGACGAGCGCAGAUUCGGAGGCGGCGUCAUUCAAGGAGCACAAUGGGCAUCAGGUCACUGUACCCGUUGAGGAAUGAUAGCGGUCUAAAGAAAAUGGACUGACGUCCAUUUUUAAUUAUGGCCGAGUGAUUGACUGCAAUAAUGCAAAUUUAUUGUGCUUACUAUUACUCCGCACGCUUAUUUUCAUGUAACGGAGCAAGUUUACUCUGCUUUGGUUCACUUUGCCGCACACGCAAUUCGUUAUAGAUAAUCAGGCAUUAAUUAUUUCUAAUUUGUUUAAUUUCCACGGAGAACAUACGAGAUCGGAGACCAUAUCAGUGUGACAUUAAAACCAUUUCCGCCGCUAGCUUCGAAUAUUCCGGUUGUUGUAACACCGCAGUCAAUUUACUUUUCAAAAGGAUUACCGAUUGCGCACCUUCCGUAAUGCUUUUCCAAUGGACCAUUGCCAA